GACAUUCUAUGAAAGCCCAUUGUGCACGAGCUCACGAGAUGACGGAACUCCCAGUCUUCCACCCUUUCGACAGCGUUCCCGAGUCCAGACGGCCAUAGGUCUGGCAGGGUGCCGGGACAGUGGAUGGACGACAACAGCGACACUUGAGGGAGCAGCGAUAGUGCAUCACUCAUCCUCUUGAGACGUUGGGAAGAUGACUGAAAAGAAGAGGUCGGAGGCACAAACCAUCAGGUGGGAAUACUUAUAAUACUUCUACCACCUAGCUGCGUCACUGGGCGCAUACGUUGCUAUGCUGAAGCAGGACUCGAAGGCGGACUUUGACCAGAGACACUGACAGCCUCGGACUGGAACACGUUGGAGACCGCGCAGAUGGAAGAGAAGAGGAGGGAGAAAUGGAGCUGGAGGAGGAUACAGAACGCGAAACACGUGUCUCGACCCCUUGAGUGGCUUGGAAUAACAAUGGACUGGAUGGAGCUUGAGCUUACAAGUCCACGGUGCAUCGGCGUUCCUCGAGUGCGAGCUGAUGUGGGAUUGGGACUUGUCUCUAAGAGUAGCAUGAAGCCGGACAUAGGACACCCGUGUUGCACAAGAUCGGGAAUACGAAACCUCUCACUGCUGCGUGAGAGGCUACGAUGCCCCAGACAUAUCAUCACGCAAUUGCAACGGAAUCCGAAGACGAUUCACAGCGUUGCGCGCCUCAGGCUGGUCCGCAGGUGAGAUCUUACAUCCCAUGCCACGGAGGGGAUAUGUUCGUCAAGUCACGCUGGAUACGGUCUACCUCGAGGCAUUCGCUACCACCGGCAGAGCUGGCAGUACUGGAGCGCAUGCCAGCAUACGGACCGCGUUCGCUGUCUUCCCUGAAUUCCGGUGAUCACAAGACCCGAGAGCUGAUGAACAGAUGUACUGUAGUCGACACCCAGCACGAACUGAGCUCCGGGGAAAAGGUCGUUACUAUACCCCCACACGCCAAAUGACAGAGCAAAGCCAAUCCUGCUAUAAGCCGGAGCAUUUGCACUAAAUUUAUGUAUCGCGUGCCUUUAGUGUCGAUCGCGGUAUUACUGCGCAUAAGGGCUGAUGGCAUUGGAAGCAUUCAGAAGAAGGAUUGCGCUCGAUGAUUUGCUCGUCUAGCAAUGGCAGUCAUCUGGCACGAGCCGACGACUUCGUGCAGUGCCGAGUGAUGAGAUGUCCAGGGAUGAGCGACACGUGUGAAGUCGCUAUUGAUUGAGUGCAUUGCAUUCGUGCAUCUCACCCGGCAAUGAAUGGUCGCAAAGCCACGGGCCCGACGGCGCGGAACAUGUUGUUACCUACAGGUACCUACUUAUGCUUUCACAUGUUGCUUUUGGCAGAUGUGCACAAUCCCCCACGGCAGACUGAUGCCCAGCUCUGCCCAGCCAAGUGAAUGACGACUACCUCCUACCUCCUACCAGUCGAUGGCAGCAUGUUCGAAGAAGGCCGAUGUACAUGCAGGUGACACGACGUGAUCCGAUGCCCAAAGGCCGUUAUAUGUCGUUACAUCACGACAUGUCAGAAAGGCGGGCGCGGGAUCCUUCAUCCAACGGGCCAGAAAUAUGUGUCCUGCUCAUAUUGGACAGCGGGAACACCGUUCUCGCAGGGAUCAGCCUUUCGGUAUAGGCUUCUGGUACAUAUAAGCUGGGGUCAUCCCACCUGUUUCACCUUCUGCCAGCCUCACUUCCCAGCGAAACGAUCACCAAAACGCGCAACAUCGACGAAAGCGCUUGUGGUACCGUCUCAGGCAACCCUGUGCACAUCUGCCCGGAUCUUCCUUUUUUCCCCAAAGUCUGUGAUGGACACCAUGGCUGGGCACUGCGAACCGCGGACUUGUUCGCUCGACCGCUGCCCAAACUCUCUUCAUCCACAACAAGAUGGAGCGGCAUGAUGUCAGGCUCUAUGCCGCGACCAAGAGCCCACCGAGCCCACCAUGGCCGACUCCGUGGCCUUGGAGGAGGAGGUCGGUAGAUCGAUAACACCAGACACCUGCUCCGGCCUGCUUCGCCUCCCACAUCUCUAUAUCAGGCACUCGUCCCAACCUCGCGAGUCGUGGGACUUGCGUGCCCAACUCCAUUCUUUGCUGCUGCUUGAAAGACAACGACCCGUCCCCGAUCCACGAUGCAUCAACACCUCGUGGAUACUCUAUGACCAUGCCACCGAGAGCGCGAGAUCCAUACGCCAGAUCAAGACCAACACCUAACGGACGACAAAGCUACGAUAGCGCCUACUCUAGUAGUCGCGACCAGAUUUCCAGGGCGCCAUCCGCCUCGUCGAUGUCGUCUCGCUCACCUUCCCCGCGCCGAUCACGGGACCGACCCAGGAGACGAAGACGCUACUCGUCCUACUCGCGCUCCCGUUCGCCUUCUCCCCGACGCCACAGGCGAGCCGAGCCGGCGUAUGAAGAUGUCCUCAUGCCAAUGCCAGAAGACAAGCCAUGGUUCAAAAAGAAAACUCUCUGGGCAACUCUAGCCUCAGCAGCAACAAUCGUCGCAGUCAUGCCCACUUGGAAGUCCGCAAAUGCCUCUAGAUCCUCCGCCAAAGGUUCUCACCGAAGUGCCGAUGCCGCAGAGCGAUCUGCAGAUGCUUCGUUGAGGAGUGCAAGAGCUGUGGAACGUUCGACAAAGGCGGUGGAGAGGAGCGCGAAUGCCGUUGUCAAUACUGCCGUCGCGAGUGGACAUCAGGAUCAUCAUGGGAGGUACUUGGGGCCUCACCCUGGUGACAGGAGGAGAGAAAGAGAGGAUGACAGAGGAAGAGACGAUUGGGGCAGGGCGCCGCCGAGGAGAAAAGAGAUUGAAUAUGACCCGUUGCAAAGGAUCUUGCAAUCUGCCAAUGUCCCCGCUGGACUGCCUGUGAAGGGGACAUGAUGAUGAUUGUGUGACGGAGUUAUGUACUGCUACUGCUGCUGCUGCUAUAUGGAAAAGGCAAGUUGAGCGAGCGGAAAGUCUUUUUGUUUUUUGUUACAGCUAGGCGUUUUUU